GACUUUGAAACGGCCUGUGGCGUUGCCAUGGAUUUCAGUAGCGCUGUGGCUGCAGCAGGAGCGGUCAGGAUGAGCGAAGGCUGUAAGGCCGUGGUCAUAUAAACUUGCUAGGAUGUCGUCAUGUCUCUACGAAUGUCUGUGUGAAGCAAGACUGGAACAGUACUACACUCAUUUUACUGCAAUGGGUUUCUUGAAGUCUCAGGAGCUUGUUAAACUAACCAUGAAUGAUUAUUCUUUGCUGGGGGUUCGCAACAUGCAUGAUCAAAAACGUUUGUUCCAGCUUAUUCAAAUCAUUAAAGCUGUACAGGAAGAGGAACGUGAUCAUAGUGCAAAUAUGGAACAUACUCAAGCAGACUCUCUUAACUUAUUUGUGGAGAAAGUUAAGCCUGGUCCUCGACGACAUUUGGACUUUGAUUCCUUGUCUGGUAUCAAUGGGGCCUCUUACUCCAGUGGUUAUCCAAAGUUAUCUUCCUGUGCAAAUCAGCAAAAAAAUACAGCUUCUGGAUUAUUAAAAUCUCCUCUGCCAGUUGACCAACUGUCUACCAGAGUGUGUCUCAAGGAUACGCAAUCACUUCCUGGGAGAGAAACUGGACAUCCAACAAUAUUUUUGCCAAACAAUGCAAGGGAUUGUAGUACUGAUGAGAUCCAAAACGCACGAAUGAUUUUGCACAUCUCAGGAUAUAAUUAUGGACUGCCACAUGCUGCCAUAAGGCAUACCAAUCAUGUGAAAGAACAGACUUGGACUGAGAUUGAGAAAAUCCAUGUGUGUGUAAGAAAGCGACCUCUCAGAGUACGGGAAGUACGACGUGGUGAAGUUGAUAUUGCAAAAGUAGAAGAAGGAAAAUCUAUCCUUGUUUGUGAAAAAAAGGAAGCAGUUGAUUUGACACAUUAUCUCCAACAACAUGUUUUUUAUUUUGAUGAAGUAUUUGAGGAGGCUUGUACCAAUCAUGAUGUGUAUUUGAAGACUGCUUAUCCCCUCAUCCAGCAUGUUUUCAGUGGUGGAAAGGCAACUUGUUUUGCAUAUGGGCAGACUGGAGCUGGAAAAACUCAUACCAUGAUUGGAACUUAUCGAAAUCCAGGGUUAUAUGCACUUGCUGCUGAGGACAUCUUCAUACAUCUUGAAACAUCAGAACCAGGCAGAGCACUUUUCACCUGGAUAAGCUUCUAUGAGAUAUAUUGUGGCCAACUGUAUGAUCUGCUCAAUGGUCGAAAAAGACUGUUUGCCAGAGAAGAUGGCAAUCACGUAGUGCAAAUUGUGGGGCUGCGUGAAAUUCGGGUAGAAGGAGUUCAGUCUUUAUUGGAGGUGAUUUCUUGGGGCAGUAAAGCAAGGAGUACAGGUGCUUCAGGGAUAAAUACAGAUUCCUCACGUUCACAUGCUGUUAUUCAAAUCCAGCUUAAGGAUCCAGCUGAAACAAUUGUUGGAAGGAUUUCUUUUAUUGACCUCGCUGGGAGUGAGAGGGCUGCUGAUGCCAGGGAUUCCGACAAGCAAGCUAAAUUAGAAGGAGCAGAAAUAAAUCAGAGUCUUUUGGCUCUUAAAGAAUGUAUUCGUGCUUUGGACCAGGAACAUGCUCAUACACCCUUCAGACAAAGCAAGCUUACGCUGGUAUUGAAAGACUCUUUUAUUGGGAAUUCUAAGACCUGUAUGAUUGCUAAUAUUUCACCUAGCCACAUGGCCACAGAGCACACACUGAACACCUUGCGCUAUGCAGACCGGGUAAAAGAAAUAAAGAGAGGAUCCAAAGCAUCAAGCACAAUCUUUUCAAGAUGUCAAGGAGGUAGAAGUCCAUCUCCAAAACAAGCCAAAACAUGUGGGGACAAAUCUGUACCAAAGAAAGUGAAACCAAGAAUUGAACAAUCCCAUUAUUCAGAUAAAAAUGCAAUGCAGCCUAAAUUAUCAUCAGCUGUUUUGCAUCCACCUAAUGCCCUUCUCUGUUCCACACCAAGAAUAUCAGAUAAAAAUGUCUGUUCCCCAGCUACCUCAAAGCUCAUGUGGCAAAGUCAUUCUACUCCCCUUAAGGGUAUGUUUAAGAAAAAUUCCUCGGAUGUCAGCAACAACACAAAGGAUGAAAGGCUAGCUGAGAAGGGCAUUGUUUCAAAAGAGGCUUUUCUGAAUAACCCCAAAUCUGGAACAUCCAGAAGAAUGCAAUGUGGACAACGGAAUUAUCUUGGUACAAAUAGAAAUGUGAAGGUUCAAGCAGUUCAUCCCAUUCAAAAAGAAGUAAUUCCAAGAAAUGGACUUCACUUUACAGGACAGGUAAAAAAUUACUCUCCCAAUAAAGAAAAUAAUACUAAAAAUUUUGAAAGUGAAUAUCAAAAGAGGCCUAAGUCACCAGAGAAUGAACUUUUUCUGCAAAAGGAACGGGAAAAGCACUUGCGUCUUUAUCAUCAGCAGCUUCAACAACUUCAGCAGCCACCAUUACUGCAAAAGAAGCUGACUUAUCAACCUUUGAAGGAGCUUCUCAGCCAGUUUUAUCAACAUAAAAUAGAAAUGAGCAAUGAGGAAAAUGAAUACACUUCCUCAGUGGAAUCUACUGUCCAAAAGUCAGAUGUUCAGAUUGAAUGCAGUAGUAGUUGUGAUACGUAUUCUGACUGCCAAAGCAUGAAUGACAGACAGAAUCACACCUGUAAUCAAAAUUCCUUCUAUGAAAUAGAAGGAGCGAAAGAGAGUGGAGGAAACAAUGUACAAGUUUUCUGCCGUUUUCAAGAUCAAAGCUGUAACCCAAGGAUAGAAGACAACAGUGUAUGUGGCUCGCAGUGGAGUACAGAAGAAGAGUGUGCAGUCCAGUGCUCAUCGGGAGAUAAUGCCACAGAAAUGUUGUGCAAUCAAAAUAAUAUUGAUGUUGGUCAAAUGAAGCCAAGAUACUUAUCAUUUGAUUCAAAAAACAGUUUGCAGAAUUUUUCAACUGAUCAUCAAGGUGAUAACUUUCCUAUUUCAAAGAUUUCACAAAUGGACAGUAGUUUCCUUGUUGCCGCAGAUUUGAAAAGUAUGAACACUGGAGCCACUGCUUCGUUUCAGUCUAGCAGAAAUAUCGAUUUCCAUUUGAAUUCAGUAAUAGAAGUAGCAAAGGACGAACAGGCGUGUAACAGUACCAGUAGUAUAAUUCCAUCCACUGACUGUAUUUCUGAAGAUUUAAUGAAUGUUUUUGAUCAUCAUUCCGUGGAGAGGCCACUGUCUCAGAAUACAGAUCCUGCAGAUCAAGGAAUGACAAUCUCGUGUAACCAGCGCUUUGCUGAAAUGGAGGAAUUGCCAACCAAUUCUGAUAUUUUAUCAGCACAGACCAAUCAUUUUGAAAACUGGAUGACUCCAACACAUAACUGUCUUGAUAAAAAUCAGAAUAUCUUUUCAGAUCCAAUUCUCAAUUUGAAAAAUGCUAGUCACGAUCAGCACCUUAUUUUGAAUGAUGGAAUUGAAAUGCAGAUAGUUGCAAAAGAUGAAAAUGACCAUUGUUCAAAUAUUAACCAUGUAGAGACUACUGAUAAGGAUAUAAACAUUUUAGCAACCAGUUUACCUGAUAUGUCAACUAAUGAUUGUACAGGUUUUCUAAUUCCGCCAAAGCAUGACUUGGGGCAGGAAGAAUCACUUGGUGCCUUACUGUGUGGAAGUCUAUCCUCUAAAGACAUCAGCCAGACAAGUAAAUGUCACAAUUACAAACAAGCAAUUAAAUGUUUUAGAAGUGAACUUUAUGAUGCUGAUGCUGAAGAAAGUGUAAUUAAUUCUUCAAUUUUACACUUGCAUCAUGGUGUAGCUUCCACUAUUGAAGCUGUGACAAAUAAAUAUUUUUCAGAUGCUGGAAACCAGACCUUUACAGAUCUACAUCUUAACCAAGUGAGUAGACAGGAAGGCAUUUCUACUCCUGUAAUUGCAUCCAGCAAGACAACAGAACCAAUUAAUAGCUCUGAAAUUAAAGAAUCACAAGAAGAAACAGAAGUUUUGGUGGCUGGAAGCUGUACUGAAGAGAUGCUUGAUAACCACCAUAAUAAAGAUGGUUUUCAGCCUUGUGUCAAGUCCAUUGAUAAGGGUUUAAUUGACAUGAUUAAAGAAAAGUUACUACAAAAUACUUCAGUUCCAUUUAACCAUUUUAAUACAGAGGACAAUUCAAUUCCUAUUGAAGUGUUUGUCAACCAAAAUAAAAACAAUAAUGAAGCAUGUGGACUUCAGGCAGAUGGUAGCCAAUCUAAACAUUUAAUUGCCCAGCAGCUGGAGGCAAUGGAAAAAGCAAAGAAACUUGUUGUCCAAGCCCACUGUGAGCAGCUAGAAGAAAUGUUAGCUCUCUUUGAAAAGGAAGAAUGUUUGCUCAACAAACUAACGAUAUUGGACUUCGAUGAUUAUGUAACACAGCUAGAAGAUAUCCUGAUGCUAAAAGCUAAAAGCAUCCAGCGCUUGCAAGGCGAGAUCCAUAAGUAUCAAAUUUAUCCUGAGACAAAGUGACAAUCUAAUGAUCCUGAAUCUUAGCUUUAGUGUAAAUUAUAGUGGCAAAGCAAGAGCGGUGUAUGCAUUUGACCUUUCUACAAUUUUCAGAGCGAUUUAUUCUUAUUUAAAUACAAGAUACAAAAAUAAAUCUACAUAUCUUUAUUCUGCGAUCUAAUUUUUAACUUUUUAUGUGGGUAUGGUCCAAUAUAAAUUGAAGAUUACAAUUUCCCCUCCCAUCUUUGCUUCCCCGUGGAUCCUACUCAAGUGCUCGUUAUUCAUGCAUUCACCAACCAAAGUGGAUCGUUUUUGUGGCGGGAGAAGUACACGACACACUUCAGGGUCAUAGCAUAUAACAGAUUCGACUCAUAUUUCCAACCGUUACUCCACAGUCGUAAACAAACCGGUGGAUUAAGCACAAGUGGAGGCAAAUCAACCUUGAGAGGCUGUUCUGCCAUUGAGACUGAGGAUGAAAACCAGAUGAUAUCUUUAUUAGUCACGUGUACAUUGAAACACACAGUGAAAUGCAUCUUUUGCGUGUGUUCUGGGGGCAGCCCACAAGUGUCGCCACGCUUCUGGUGCCAACAACCUUCUAACCUGUAUGUCUUUGGAAUGUGGGAGGAAACAGGAGCACCCGGAGGAA